AUGCCGUUCAGAGAUUCCUCCGGUGUGUGCUUCAAUAUUCGUUGCAGUGGUGUCACUCGCCAUCUCCACGCGCCUCGCCGCGUGUCGUUUGACAGCGACGCGAACCACGCGCGGCGCCGCGCCCCGCCCCCGCCAGCCGACCGGCCGGCCGCUCACGGCGCAGGCGCAGACGGCGUCGCAGACCGCGACGAGCGCGGACGCGAGCGCGCGCGGGGUAUAUUCGGCGCGGCCGCGUCGCCGCGCACACCGCCCUCCGCCAUGGACGCCGCGUCGCCGACGGCCUUCGCGAUGAAUGAGACGCUGCUGCGACAAGACUGCGGCGGCCGCCUGCCCACCGGCCUGCUCAAGGGAGCCGCGCAGAUGUUCUACAUCGUGGACCCCGUCGACACCACCUUCAAGAACCCGGAAGACGUGCCCUUCAUAUUUAGACAGGCAUGGCCAUAUUUUCUUGCAUUCCUGAUAGUGGAGAACAUAUUAUUGUGGUUGGAAAAUAAACCCACCCUUCGUUUGAAUGAUGGCAUAACAUCUCUUUCUCAUGGUCUAUUUCAAGAAUGUGGAAGGCUUGUAUUCCGAGGAGCAGAAAAUGCAGCAUAUAUCUACGUUUACAGUCACUUCCGUGUAACUGAUUUACCAUGGGAUUCACCAGUGACUUGGUAUCUAUCAGUAAUAGGUGUUGAUUUUUGCUAUUACUGGGUCCACAGAGCUUGUCAUGAGGUUCAUAUAUUGUGGGCACAACACCAAGUUCAUCAUAGUUCAGAAGAAUUUAAUUUGGCUGUUGGCUUACGUCAAUCACUUCUUCAAGGAUGGUGCAGCUUUAUUUUCUAUCUACCAUUAGCAUUAUUCAUUCCACCUUCUCUCUUUCUGACACAUCAACAAUUCAAUUUGCUUUAUCAAUUCUGGAUUCAUACAAAUACUGUCAAGACUUUGGGACCUCUUGAAUGGGUUUUCAAUACUCCAAAGCAUCAUAGAGUGCAUCAUGGUUGCAAUUUAUAUUGCUUGGAUAAAAACUAUGGAGGCUUCCUUAUUAUUUGGGACAGACUUUUUGGAACUUUUGCUGAAGAACGAGAAAAGGAAGAAAUAAUAUAUGGAUUGGUGUACAAUCAACCAACAUUUAAUCCGCUGUAUUUGCAAGUAUUUUAUAACAAUCAUGUCAUAGAAAAAUGGCAUCAGAUGGAUGGGUGGCAAAACAAACUUGCAGCUGUUUGGAAAGGACCUAGUUGGCUGCCAGGCAGGCCAAGACUUGGAGCUGAUGAGGAUAAAUUAGAUAUUCGAACACGAGAAAAAUAUGAUGUCAAACUUCCAAUGUGGUGCAAUAUAUAUUUGACCCUCCAUUUCAUUGCUGUUACAAUAGGAUUUCAAGAACUGACAGUACAAUAUAUGGGCAUGAAUCCAUUUGCUGUAUUGGGAUUUGUUGCAUAUAUUCUCUUAUCAUUAACAACAAUUGGUAUGUUAUUUGAUAACCAUCCAAAUGCCUGUGUAUUUGAGCUGGCACGUUGCCUGAUGUUCAUAAUGUAUAUACAGAAAAAAGAAGUUGAAGUUGCAGGAGAUUUGAAACUUUCAAUCCUGCAGUUAUUUUUCAUUCUGUCAGUCUGCUUCUGGACAUUAAAAUGUAUGAAAGUGCUGCAGAUUAAAGUAAAGAUAAAAUAAACGGCGAUAAUUAAAAUCAUACUGUUAUAAAUGUGUGUAAAUAAAGGGAAGAAUGAAGUGUAAAUUAAAAGUGUUUGUGAAUAUAUGAACAUAAGUUGGUAAGAAAAGUGAGAAGAAUUCUGUACAGAUGAAUUUAUUUGCUCAAUCAUGUUGUAAUGUUAGUCAGCCACUGCUUCCGUAAGGAAUAAUGUAAUUUUCAUAUCUUGUGCAAAGUGUUCAAUUACUUUAAAUAGUCAUUACAAGAUUCAUUAUUGUAUAUAUUGUAAAUAAUUAAGGGACUUGAUGUCCGCUUUUUUAAUAAAAUCUAAUUUAAUUUUAAUGUUC